GGGGCUGAGCUUCAGGGCAGGGGACACCCAUGGGGCAGGAAGGCACCCAUGGGGCUGAGCUCCAGGGCAGGGGGCACCCAUGGGGCAGGAAGGCACCCAUGGGGCUGAGCUCCAGGGCAGGGAGCACCCAUGGGGCAGGAAGGCACCCAUGGGGCAGGAGGGCACCCAUGGGGCUGAGCUCCAGGGCAGGGGACAUCCAUGGGUCAGGAGGGCACCCAUGGGGCAGGAAGGCACCCAUGGGGCUGAGCUGCAGGGCAGGAGGGCACCCAUGGAUCAGGAGGGCACCCAUGGAUCAGGAGGGCACCGAUAGGGCAGGAGGGCACCCAUGGGGCAGGAGGGCACCCAUGGGGCUGAGCUCCAGGGCAGGGGGCACCCAUGGGGCAGGAGGGCACCCAUGGGGCAGGAGGGCACCCAUGGGGCUGAGCUCCCCCUUCCCGCCGCAGCACACACCAUACCAUGGUGGAAUUCCAGAUCCGGCCGUACCGCGAGGAGGACCACGAUGCUGUGCGCGAGAUCUUUGCCACCGGCAUGAGCGAGUACGCGCCGUCGCUGUGCCUGCACGUGCUGCGGCAGCCCUGGGCGCUGCUGGCGCUGGGCUGCACCUUCUGCCUGCUCCUGGCCAGUGCCCGCUCCCUGCUCCUGCCCAUCCUGGCCAUCACCCUGCUCCUGGCGCUGGCCCGGCACCUCGUCGGCUGCGCCUGGAGCGCCUACAUCGACCGCUGCCUCGCCGAUGACCUGCGGGACAUCGGCGCCGCCUACGCCGAGAGCGACGGUGCCCACUUCUGGGUGGCCGAGGCGGACGAGCGGGUGGUGGGGACGGUGGGCGCGCGGCCGGCCGAGGCUGACGGCGAGUUGAUGUUGAAAAGGAUGGCGGUACGGAAGGAUUACCGGGGCUUGGGCGUCGGCACGGCGCUGGGCCGCACGGUGCUGGCCUUCGCGCGGCAGCACGGGUGCCGGGCGGUGAUGCUCAACACGCUGAUGGUGCAGCACGAGGCUCGCGCGCUCUACGAACGCCUGGGCUUCCACCAGCACCACCGCUACGUCCUGCCCACCAUCUACGGCCACUUGGCCAACUGUACCGUCACCGUCUACCGCUACGACCUGGCCUGAGCCCCACGGACAGUGGGCGCUGCACCGCGGCACCGGCGUGGCCAGCCGGGACCGCCGCUUCUCAACAUGCGCACCGGACACGGCGCUGCCGGGACUCCAUGGAGGUCCUGGAGGGGCUGCCCCACGGAGACCCCCGGCCACGGCCCCCCCGGUAGGUCAGACGCUGCUGCUGCCGCACGAGGGGCGGCAAUAAAGGACGGUCGGCAGCACCGGGCUGGGUCGUUCUUCCAGCGCUGCCGUGGGAUUGUGGGGUCCCGGCACCACAGGGAUCCUCGUGAUGUCCUCCCGUGGGAAGGAUCUGGUGUGGGACAUGGGCACAAAAGCAGAUGUGGAGUGGUUUGAGUGGGAAGGGACCCUAAAGCCCAUCCGGUGUCACCGCCUGCCAUGGGCAGAGACACCACCCAAUGGAUCCAGUUGGUUCCCAUCCAACCUGGCCCGGAACCCCUCCAGGGAUGGGGCAUCUUCACAGCUGUAGGUUCCUUAUCUUCUGGCUUCAACCAUCUUGUGUGCAACAAAGUCCAUUGUUGGGGUGACAAAGACAUUAUUAUUAUUAUUGGAGACCUUAUUACUCUCUGGAGACCUCAUUGCUCUCUGGAAGUACCUGAGAGGAGGUUGUGGAGAGGAGGGAGCUGGGCUCUGCUCCCAAGGGACAGGGGACAGGACAAGAGGGAAUGGCCUGAAGCUCCGCCAGGGGAGGGUCAGGGUGGAUAUCAGAAAAAAAUUCUUCAUGGAAAGAGUCAUCGGCACUGGAACAGCUGCCCAGGGAGGGGGGAGUCGCCUUCCCUGGAGGUGUUCAAGGAACGGGUGGAUGAAGUGCUGAGGGACAUGGUUUAGGGAGUGUUGGGAAUGGUUGGACUCAAUGAUCCAAUGGGUCCUUUCCAACCUGGGGAUUCUAUGAGUCUAUGAAAGGCUUCCUAUAUUCCAGCUGUGGAUGCUGAGGAAGCCCUGCUGGGUCCUGCUUCCUUGGAAUUCUGAGGGGCUCCACCUGGAGUUCAUUCUCACUGCCUGGUCCUAGGAUCAUGGAAUGGAUUGGAAGGGACCUCAAAGCCCAUCCAGUCCCACCCCUGCCAUGGGCAGGGACACCUCCCACUGGCUCAGGGGCUCCAAGAACCAUCCAACCUGGCCUGGAACCCCUCCAGGGAUGGAGCACCACCACUGCUCUGUUCCAGGGCCUCCCCACCCUCACAGGAGAACAUUUCUCCCCAGGAUCUCAUCUCAAUCUCCCCUCUUGCAGCUCAAAACCGUUCCCCUCGUUCUGUCCCUUCACUCCCUGAUCCAGAGCCCCUCCCCAGCUCUCCUGGAGCCCUUUUCCCUACUGGAAGCUGCUCUGAGGUCUCCCUGGAGCCUUCUCUUCUCCUGAACAACCCCAACUCUCUCAGCCUGGCCUCACACAGGAGGUUCUCCAGCCCUUGGACCAUCUCCAUGGUCUCCUCUGGACUCGCUCCACCAUCUCCAUGUCCUCCCUGUGCUGAGGACUCCAGCGCUGGACCCAGGGCUCCAGGUGGGUCUCCCAGAGCGGAGCAGAGGGGCAGAAUCCCGUCCCUCCCUGCUGGCCACGCUGCUCCGGGUGCAGCCCAGGACACGGGGGGGUUCUGGGCUCUGAGCACACGUUG